GACGCAAGGAGACAACAUCGUCGGCUUUUGUAGCCGCUAGUUCUUUGAAGUGUCCCGGCCUUAAAUGCUUUCAUGUUGCUUUUCAUAUCUUUUGCUUUGUGGCUUUAAACUGUGGUUAACUUGUAUUUAUCUUUUUUUGCUUUAGACCUGCUGGUGCUGAAAGAGGAGAAUCAAGAUCCGAAUGAAAUGGAACAGACAGAUCAGUGUGAGAAACACCAUGAUUUCAUAACUGGUGAAAAAGCCACACAGUCUAAAACGGCUUCUAUACGAAAAAGAGCUCAGAAAACCAAAUCUAACAGCUCUUUCACCUGCCAUCAUUGUGGAAAGAGCUUUGCUCAACAAGACGCCCUCAAAAGGCACAUGAGAAUUCACUCGGGAGAGAAGCCUUUCACCUGCCAACAGUGUGGAAAGAGCUUUGCUCAACAAGGAGCCAUCAAAAGGCACAUGAGAACUCACUCGGGAGAGAAGCCAUUCACCUGCCAACAGUGUGGAAAUGUUUUCACUCAAAAAGUAAACCUUCUAAGACACAUGAGAACUCACUCGGGAGAGAAGCCAUUCACCUGCCAACAGUGUGGAAAUGUUUUCACUCAAAAAGGAAACCUUCAAAAUCACAUGAGAACUCACUCGGGAGACAAGCCAUUUACCUGCCAACAGUGUGGAAAUGUUUUCACUCAAAAAGGAAACCUUCUAAGACACAUGAGAACUCACUCGGGAGAGAAACCUUACACUUGCCAUCAGUGUGGAAAGAGUUUUACACAGAAAAACAGCCUUCAGUCUCACAUGAACAUUCACACUGGAGUGAAGCCUUAUACAUGCGAACAGUGUGGAAAGAGUUUCCCUGCAAAACAAAACCUUAAAAUCCACAUGAGAAUUCACACUCAAGAGAAGCCUUACUCUUGCAAGUAUUGUGGAAAGAGUUUCGUAAAUGCAUACUCCCGUAAUUACCACAUGAGAAUUCACACUGGACAGAAUGUGUUCACAUGUGAUCUUUGCGGAAAGAGCCUCGCAACAGAAUUUAGCCUCAAGUGUCACAAGAUGAUUCACACUAGAAAGAAACCCUUCAAAU